ACACAACCCCCAAGAAAGAAAGGAAAAAAAAACAUUUUUGUUACCACGAUCGACCACCCUAAUAAUUAACUCUUUUGUCUUAUCAAAACUCUUCUAAUAGGUAUUUCUAUCUAUUACAACAAAUGGAUGGAGGCUUGGGAACGAUGUUAAUGAAGGUGGCCUUAUUUGCUCUGGUUCAAGCUUUGGUGUAUCUCAUCCUCUCGAAAUCGUCCAAUGUUUUCUCUAGAUCGAAUUCGUUGAAAAGAGCUUACAGUUUCCGGCCUAUGAGGUCCGUCAGCAUCCGCCAAAUUCUGACGGCACUUCAAGAUAUGCCUGCUGGCGAAGAGAUGUCUCCUUCUUCUUCUUCAUCUCUUACUUCUUCUUCGCAAGAUGAUGGGGCAGUAACGACAAAUAUAUCACCAUCUUAAGGAUUUUUAUACGGCGUUGUUUGAUUAAUUUUUUCAUCUUCUUUUAGAUUGUUUCCUUAAAUGGAUGUAAGAUUGAUUAGUCCUCUAUCUCUGUGUACAUAUGUAUGAUUGGUGUAGAUGUUGAAUAUUAUUAGGCCGUACAAUACUAUGUACAAUUCAAAAGAUUUACUAUAGUAUUUUGAUUAGUAAUUUUUAAUUAAACCAAAAAAAUGUUUUGUCUA